CUUUGAAUAGCCUGUCUUUCUUUAGGAAAAUUGCCUACAUAAUGAACUUUAGAAGAAACCUCCAUUAGCCAAAUUUAUAAUGUUCCUCAACAGAUUCAUAAAGCUUGUGCUCUUAGCCGGGACAUUUUACUUGGGCAAGGAACUCGGUGUCUGGGACGAUCCAGAACCAGUCGAACUUAAGGGUAGUAUUCCACCACCUAGACUUGAAACCGAAGAAACUGUUGAUACGGAGAGUUCCAGCGAGAAAAAAGUAGACAAGAAGGAGAAAACUGAAUAUCAGAAUACUUUCUUCGAUGAUGAGGACAAACGAAAGCUUCAACGCAAAAAAGAGGACUUGGAGAAAAAGUUUUGCCCCCGGGGAAGCAUCUGUGAGCCUCCUCCAAAGCCCUUAAGCGAAAGUGUGGGCGAUGCGCUCUAUGACACUUGGCUGGCUCUCAAAAAGAUCCCAUCCUACUGGAGUCGAGCGGCUGAAAAUCUGGGCAAUACCAUUUGCCGUUUCUUCAAGGGUGAUUAGAACCCACACAAGU